UAUAUUUAAGCGAAAACCUAAAGGAAAAAAAAGCUCUUCAACAUCAGCACCGUACUCUAGCACUAAGCGUAAACAAAAGCGCGCUUCGGGCACUAUAGAGAAGUCGGAAAUUCACAAGAAUGAUCUCGAAGCAUUGUUUGUCCGGUUUGCCACUUCCGAGGCACGUAAUCCAUAUAUCCACAUUCCAUAA